AUGAUCGGCGAUCUUCACAUCAAAUACGGGAAAUCCGUGUUUUACCAAUACCAUAAAAGCUUCUCUAGCAAAGCAGCGCUGCACUUAGCUCAUUGUAACAUCCGCCUGGACUGGUCCGUGCUGGAUACCGAGCUGCUCGUUAUGGCUACCGGCGGGCAACAAGUCGUCUCGUGCAUCAGUUGCGGAGCGCAGGGCCACACCUCUCUGCUCUGCCCUUCAGUGCCUCUCUCCGGGUCUAGCGUUUUCCCCACGCAGUAUUCUGGGAACAAUAAACCAAACCGUCAGUACCUGCAGGGAUGCUCACCCGAGGUCAGUUUGCCCAAGGCGCCGGCCCCCCUUCCCGCGCCAGAAUCAACUUGGGCUAUCUCAAGGGUUCAGGGUAGGGGUCCUUUCCCCCCCCUCAGUGACUUUAGUGGCAAAAAACCUGCAGUCAGCCACCAAAGAACCCACCAUAGUCUCUCAGUUCAUUCAAAAAGAGCUCAACAAAGGAUCGCUACACGCAAAUACUCUGAGAAGAAAAGGCUCAUCUUCGAACUGUCCGCUCCUCGCGCUGGCCCGUUUUGCAGCAUCAAUAGCCUUAUUCCCUCAGAGUAUUUUUCUCUUCAUUACGCUUCAGUUGAUAAUGCCAUCAAGCUCAUCAAAUUCGCAGGGCAAGGAGCGUGGCUCUCCAAAGCAGACAUUACUGACGCGUUCAAAAUAAUUCCCAUUCACCCAUCUCAGUGGCAUAUGUUCGGUAUCAGAUGGGAGUCCAAAUUCUACUUCGCUGUCCGUUUAACAUUCGGGUGCAGAAGUAGCCCUUAGAUCUUUAAUUCUUUUUCCGAAGCCCUCUGCUGGAUCCUCCUGAACAUCGUCAGAAUCCCCUCCGUCCUGCAUCUAUUGGAUGAUUUCCUCCUCAUAGAUCCCCCUCGGGACAACUCAGGCGCCUCUCUAGCAAAACUCAAACUAUGCUUUCAGGAGUUAGGUGUUCCCCUCUCAGGAGAGAAAACGCUAGGUCCCACCACACGCCUGGAGUUUUUGGGCAUUACACUCGACUCCGUAGACAUGGAAGCCUCUCUCCCCACGGACAAACUGCAGUGCAUUCACAACAUUACAAAGUCCUGUGAGCAACAAGUUAUCACCAAGCAGCAGCUGCUCUCCCUGCUCGGGCACCUCAACUUCGCCAUGCGUAUUAUCCCUCAGGGGCGCUCUUUUAUUUCCCGGCUCCUGGAUACAGCGUCGGCUGUAGAAAACCUGCAUGACCACGUCUUCUUAGAUGAAGGCUGCCGCUCUGACCUGCGGUUCUGUUCCCUCCUGCUCGCCCACUGGAAUGGCGUCACCUUCUUCUACGACGACCUCGUGUACUCCUCCGACUCCUUGAGAUUCUUCACGGACGCUGCCCCAUCCGUGGGUUUUGGGGGUUUCUUUCAGGGAGAGUGGUUUGCAGGCUCAUGGCCUCCGGCAUUCCCCAGCCAUGCCUCUUCCUCCGCUCUGCAUGAGAUCUUUCCGAUCGCUGUUGCCUGCCACGUGUGGGGUCACCUCUGGCCCCGGCAGCGGAUCUCAGUACUCUGUGACAACCAAUCAGUGGUCGGAAUUAUUAAUAAAGCGCGCUCCCCGUGCCGUGACAUCAUGCCGUUCAUGAGAAGCAUCACGUGGUCUUCCAUCACCCACAACUUUCUCAUCUCCGCUCGUCACGUUCCCGGCCACCUCAACUCAGUGGCUGAUUCCCUCUCGUUUCCACUUCCAGAAAUUCCGGAACCUCUGCCCAGAAGCCAGCGCUCAACCCGUCAGGAUUCCUCCCCUGCAUCUUCUCUCUCUCUUCUGAAUAGAAGCCCCCUA